GACCGGUCUGUCACCGCGUGCGUAAAUAUCGAGACCACACAACACUCGUCCCCACUUCGGCAUCUCGAGCGUACGCUGACACGCUUGCCCGUCUCGUCUGUUCCUAAGUGUACCAGGACCAGUUGCACGCGUGCCAUGUCUAACUUGCUUGGAUUGUGCUGCUGCAAGUCGGGCGAUGACGGCCACGAAACACUGUGCUGCGGGCUGCCUUCCUGCCUGGCUGGCGAGCCACAAGCGGAGGAACAGCAACGCGAAGAGGAACAGCAGCAGGAGCUGCCGCAGCCAGACUCCGGUGCAGCCACACAGGAGCCUACGCCGGCUCGAAAGCCGUCGGACCAGUCGGAAGACAAGGGCAACUGGGCCGACGACGAGGAAUCUUCGUCGUACACGUCCUCCAGCAAGGCCUCGGUGGUCCGCAAGGACACCACCAUCUCCAAGGUGGUGCAGCCACCCGCGGGCGACUCCCGGCAGCCUGGACCCAGCGGCAGGCAGCCGUUCAGCCGCGUGAUGCACGACGUACCGUCCGACUACACCACCACCGACGACUCUUGAAACGGCGUUCCUGCCCAACCUGAAGGUGGACAGCUUCCUGCCCAGAGGACCUAGCCUCAUCUAUAGAUGCUCAGUUUUGUACUGUCGGCUCUCUUUCACCGUUUUAACAUUUGCUGCAGUUUUAGCAUAUUAUCAAAAUAAAGCAUUACUUUACCUUUGCGGAAA